AUGCCCGACAAGGUCUUCGUCGCCACCCUCGUGGCCAACCUGCUCUUCCUCGCCUCGGGCGCCAUGGAGCUCGGCUUCUCCAUCGCCGCCAUGAACCUCAAGGACAAGACGCCCACCGACGGCCAGGACGCCACGCGCCACCUCAUCUACCAGCAGUUCCCCCUCACCGCGGGCAUCGUCAACGCCGUCUUCGUCCUCGCCACUUUUGUCUUCACCAUCCCCGCCCUGGCCCUCGUCAAGCGCAACCUGCUCAAGAUCAGCGGCUACAUGAUCACCGUCUGCGGCGUCUUCACCCUCGCCGUGGGGUUGUACCUCUGGAUCAUGACGUUGAGGCUCAAGGAGACGUUUGAGCCCAUUUACGCGGCACAGGAUUCGUCGGUUCAGUCGUUGUUGCAGACUUCGUUCCAAUGCUGCGGCUACCUCAACAGCACAUCUCCCGCCUUCGUCACAGACUCCGUCUGUCCCAGCCCAGCCGCGGCCACUCUCCUCCGAGGAUGCUCCACCAGCAUGUCCAGCUUCGCCAACGCCUUCAUCAACGACCUCUUCACCGCCUGCUUCGGCAUGGUCGGCAUCGAUGCCCUCCUUGUCCUUGCCAUAGCCUGUCUCCUUAAAGAGCGCAAGGAAAAGGAGCGUUACUACAUCAUCGAUCAGAAGCGCGACUACGGCCGUCUGUAA